UAGUGUUUUGUGAUUAGAAACCACACACUAAAAAAAUUAUUUGUUGCUCCAUUAACGUAUACUAAUCCAAAUUCAAAGGUUUUUCUCCCUGAUUAAAAGAUCGCGUUUUGUAGUUUCUACUUUACAUUAUAAUAUUACUAUUGGUGUCAUUCUAAACUCUACGUAAACAACUUAUCAUAAGUACUUGCUACUGAUCGCCGCUUUAAAAUAACAAAACAAUAUGACGACUAAAUAUUUUGAAAAAUGUUUUAUUACUGUUGGCACCACACGAUUUGAUUUACUUUGCAGUGAAAUAGUGUCGUCUCCUGUUUUGCAAGCUUUAAAGAGAUCUGGAUGCAAUUAUAUUACUUUUCAAAUUGGAAAUAGUAAAAUGGACCCAGGCGACUACGAACUAGAUGGAAUUAAACUGCAUUGUUACAGGUUUAAAGAUUCUAUAGAAAAUGAUAUAAGAAAUUCCGAUUUCGUCAUAAGUCAUGCUGGUGCUGGCAGUGUUUUGGAAGUUUUAAAUGCAAGUAAACCACUCUUGGUAGUUGUAAACGAAGAUCUCAUGGAUAAUCAUCAACUAGAAUUAGCAGAACAAAUGCAAGUGGAUGGUCAUUUAUUUUAUUGCACUUGCAAUACCUUAAUUUGUACUUUAGACCAAAUGGAUUUUAGUUUAUUAAAACCAUUGGAAAAAGCUAAUCCAAAACACUUUCUUCAAUCACUGAAUAGAAUUUUAAAUGUACAAGAUUAAAUAUAUGUAUA